AUGGGAUCCCUCAGCACAGCGAAUGUGGAAUUUUGCCUUGAUGUAUUCAAAGAGCUCAACAGUAACAACGUUGGAGAUAACAUCUUCUUUUCCCCUCUGAGUCUGCUUUAUUCCCUAAGUAUGAUCCUCCUUGGUGCUAGAAGAAACAGUGCACAGCAAAUAGAAAAGGUGCUUCACUUUAAUAAUGUUGUAGAAUCAUUAAAACCAGAGUUUAAGGACUCUUCUAAGUGCAGCCAAGCUGGAAGGAUUCAUUCAGAGUUGGGAGCCCUAUUCUCUCAAAUCAACCAGCCAGACUCUAACUCUGCCCUCAGCAUUGCCAACAGACUCUAUGGGACACAGAUGAUGCCAUUCCAUCAGCAAUAUUUAAUCUGUUCUGAGAAGUUGUAUCAAGCCCGUCUUCAAACUGUUGAUUUUGAACACUCUCCAGAAGAAACAAGGAAAGCCAUUAAUGCUUGGGUUGAAAGUAAAACCAAUGGAAAAAUCAAGGACCUUUUUGGAAAGGGCGCAAUUGACCCUACUUCUGUAAUGGUCUUGGUGAACGCCAUAUACUUCAAAGGGCAAUGGCAACAUCGAUUUCAGGAAAAAGAAACGACCAAAACAACCAUUCGUUUCUAAUAGGGUGAAAAUGUAACUGUGGACAUGAUGUAUCAAACUGGAAUAUUCAAACUGGCUGUCAUAAAGCAGCCGCAGAUGCAGGUCCUCGAGCUGCCCUACGUCAACAACAGACUAAGCAUGAUUAUUCUGCUUCCAGUAGGCACAGCUAAUCUCGAGCAGAUCGAAAAGCAGCUGAACCUGAAGACGUUUCAAGAGUGGACCAGUUCUUCCAACAUGAUGACAAGACAAGUUGAAGUGCACAUCCCCCGAUUCAAACUCGAGAUCAAGUACGAGCUCAACUCUCUGCUGAAGUCCCUCGGUAUGACAGAUAUCUUUGAAGAUGCUAAAGCUGAUCUGUCUGGAAUGUCGCCAGCUAAGGGCCUGUAUUUAUCAAAGGUCAUCCAUAAGACCUAUGUGGAUGUCAAUGAGGAGGGUACUGAGGCCUCAGCUGCCACUGGGGACACCAUUGUGGUGAAAAGACUCCCCAUCCGUGCUCAGUUCAUGGCCGAUCACCCCUUCUUGUUCUUCAUAAGACACACACAUACCAACAUGGUUCUUUUCUGGGGGAAGCUUGCCUCCCCAUAA